GGCACUCUCCAUGACCACCCUCAGGGCGAACACAUUCCUGGUGGGCAGCCCAGUGCGGCGACCGGUCGCCCGUGCACAGGCCAGGCGUACCUCGAACAGGCUGGCGACACCCGUGCAGGCAAAGUAUGGGAGCGACAGCGAGUACUUUGACCUGGACGACUUGGAGGACACCACCGGAUCCUGGGAGCUGUACGGUCAGGAAGAUGAGAAGAGGUACCCAUCUCUGCAGGCCGAGUUUUUCAACCGCGCUGCCGCGCCGCUGACUCGCCGCGAGUCUCUCCUAGCCUUCACCUUUGUUGGGGGCGCUGGCUCUCUUCUGCUGUGGGGCGCCAAGGGAUCCAAGGAUGUUGCCCUGCCCAUCCAGCAGGGUCCCAAGAAGGGCGGAGAGAAGGGGCCGCGCGGCAAGAUCUGAAAGGUUGCCGUACAGUCCAAGUCUACGUCCCUUUCGAGGGGAUAUCUGAUGACCGCAUCUGAUCACACAUGCGUCCACUUGUCUGUACCGUGCAUCACAAAAUACGCCUCGAGGGUAUUGUAUGGGCAUAGGUGAGAGAGUAUUUUGCACUGCCAUUGCAAAUGGCCUGUUGGUACAGCUGCUAUUGCAGCAGUAAGAGAAGACAAUUGCAAACUAUUGUAUCCGUGGCACAUGGUUUAUGGUCAUGACACACUGCUCUAUGCUCAGUUUGGCACGCAGAAUGUGUACUGCUGCAAUUGGAUUGUGAGCGUGUGCUUGGCCUGCCAAUGUUCCAACCUUCUACCAGUGGUGAUCUGCAGAGGCCACCACGCCGCUGUGCACCAGAUGCCCUGAGUCACCAAACUCCUGCACCGCACCCAAAUUGCUUCAGGGGUCACAUGGCAGUUUCCCUUCACGUCAAAACCCCUGGACCUUGAAAGAAUUCCAAACU